AUGCUUGCAGUCGUACAGAAGCGUAUCUGCUGGGCCACCUCCACAACACCUCAUUCAUCUACUCAGGAUCCUGCCGAGAUGGAGGCGCUGCAAUGUCUGGAGGAAGGUACACAAAAACUGGAACAGGGUGACGUGCAUGGUGCUAAGGCUCUGUACGAACGUAGCGUCGAGAUUAAGCGGACCGCAAGCUCUCUGUUCAACCUUGGCGUAACGCAUUACCACCUCAAGUCAUACAAACAGGCUAUUGAUGCGUGGAAGGAAUCGAUAGCCUUCGACCCAUCCAGUGCGGAUGCGCAUACUAAUCUCGCUAGUGCUUACAUCCUGCGGCGCGAGAGCCGACCUGACCUGGCCUUGCACCAUCUCGAAGUUGCUACCACUCUUGCACCAGACGAUCCCGAAAUUGCAUUCAAUUACGCAGCUGUGCUAGAAGCUUGUGGGAGGCUAGAAGACGCUCUCGCUCAGUACAAGCGCAGCAAAGACAACGGACUCGAACGCGCAGACUUAUAUGUACGCAACGUCAGUGCGAAGAUUUUCGGGAAGAAAAUGGACGAAUCGUUGGCGCGAGAAGCAGUUGGCUCUGAGCAGCAAGAUCAGCAAAGCAGGAGCAAGGCAAAGAAGAGUGAUUCAUGA